AUGGGUGAACUUGAAACUGGUAGGGGUUUGAAUCAAGAACUUUGUCUUGCAAGAGCUGCCGAUACUCAUUGGGGUUCGCACUACAAAUCUUUUAAGAACUUUAUUUCUAUGUUUGGAUCAAUUAUUGAUGUUCUUGAUACUAUUGUUGUUGAUGCGAGGACUUUAGAAGAAAGAGCUAAGGCAAAGGGAUAUCUUAGCACUUGUCAAACGUUUGAGGUUGCUUUCAUGUUGCACCUAAUGAGAGAUGUUUUGGGGAUCACAAAUAAGCUUAAUACAUCCUCACAAAAAAAGGAGCAAGAUAGUGCAAAUGCUAUUCUACUUGUUGAAGUGGCAAAGAAACAAUCUCGACGUAAAGUUGUUGAUCAUACUAUUUUACAUCACUAUCGUGUUGAUAUAUUUUUUAAGAUUAUUGAUUGGAAAGUUCAAGAACUCAAUGCUCGUUUUAAUGAGGUGACAACGAAAUUGCUUGUUGGAGUAGCUUGCUUAAAUCCAGUUGAUUCGUUUUCCAGUUUUGACAUAAACAAGAUAUUGAUGAUGGUUGAAUUAUAUCCUGACAAUUUUGAUGAGAAUAUAAUGGUUACGCUCAAGAAUCAACUUGAAACUUAUAUUGUUGAUAUUCGUGAUGUUGAUGAAAGGUUCUCAAAUCUACAAGGACUUGUUGAUCUUUCUGAAACACUAGUUAAGACAAAGAAGCAUUUGAAUUAUCCAUUUGUGUUUCGCCUUGUAAAAUUUGCUUUGCUUUUACCAGUUGUCACUGGUACAGUUGAAAGAACUUUUUCGGCGAUGAAGUUGAUCAAGAGUGAAUUGCGAAACCGAAUGAAUGACGAAUUCAUGAGCGGUUGUUUGGUAGCUCCCCAAUUCCAGACUCCAGUGGUUCAGCCAGUUAGAGCAGUUCAGUCGGGUGUGGUAGCUCAGACCGGUGAUGGAGCAACUAU